GCUGCAGCUGGCGGCAGCCCCCGGUACUUGUUGUUUGUGGGUUUGGUGCCGGAGCACCGGGAGGAGGGACGGGGGAGGCGCAUGGCAGGGAGGGGAGCGGUAUAUGCUGCUCCUCGCCGGAGCCACGCUCCAGACAGGCCACCGCUUCGGAGCGAGCCCGGGAAUCCUCCUCCCUCUGCCAGGAGUUGCAGUUCGUCUCCGAUCCCCUUGGGAUUUAAACCUUCCUGCAUAUAUAUAUAUAUAUAAAUUUUUUUUUCCUUCCUCCUCCUCCUCGCUUUUUCUCCCGUGCAAAGUGGAGAAGGAACUGCACCAAGGCAGUCCGCGAGAUCUUGCAAUAUUGCUCCGAUUUAUCACUGCUAUUAUUCGUAAUUAUUAUUUUUAACCUCACCCCAGCCGGGGAGGGAAGCGGGACCGUUCUCAGCAAGAGAAACAUUUCGAUCCGUACCAAUAAAGAUUUUUUUUUUAAUUUUUUUUUUUAAUAAUUUUUUUUCCCUUUUUGAGAAAGGGGGAGAGGGUGGAGGGCAAGCAUAGCGGGGUGGGGGAGAAGCCGGCAAAUAGAGAAACCCCUCAGUCCCGGCGCGGAGCGGGAGGCCGCGGCGGCGGGGGGGAGGCGGGCCCCAGCGCCGCCCGCCGCGAGGGGGGCCAGCCGCCCCAGACAGGUGAUGGGCGUUUCGGCUGCGCUCCGGAUCGACUCCUUGGGUUUCACUUUGGUCUGAUCUAAGCAAAUAUGCAGAAGUACCGGCUGGUCUAGUCCUAAGAGCCAAGAGGAGCGAGCGAGAGGAGCAGAAAGGAGAGCAGCCACGCUCCCGUAGCGAGGGGAACAUACAAACAGCGGCAGCGCCGUAAUUAACCCACCGCCGCCCCGAGGCAGCCCCGACCCACCCUGGAUGCGGAGGACCCCCGAGCCACCCCGCUGCCUUUCCCCUGAGGGAUGGUACUGAAUUUCUGCGCGGCAGGAGCCGGCCUGCAGCUCCUCUCCAUCAGCGUUGCUUUCCCUCCGUGUCUAAAGUGCACUAGACCGCGAUGAGGACCUGGGCUUGCGUUUUGCUGAUAGGUUUUGGCUACCUGUCCUUUACCUUCUCCGAGGAGGCCGAGAUCCCGCAGGAGCUCAUCGAGCGGCUGGCGCACAGCGAGAUCCACAGCAUCCGCGACUUGCAGCGCCUCCUGGAGAUUGACUCCGUAGGAUAUGAUGAUGUUUCAGAAACAAACUUGAGAUCUUAUAGUGUUCAUUCUGCUAAACAUGUGCAAGAGAAUCGUCCUGUGCCCAUUCGCAGAAAAAGAAGCAUUGAGGAAGCCAUCCCGGCUGUCUGCAAAACACGGACGGUUAUAUAUGAGAUACCUCGGAGUCAGAUUGAUCCCACCUCUGCCAACUUCCUGAUAUGGCCACCCUGCGUGGAGGUGAAACGUUGCACUGGCUGUUGCAACACCAGCAGCGUGAAAUGCCAGCCAUCGCGGAUACACCACAGAAGUGUCAAGGUGGCAAAAGUGGAAUAUGUUAGAAAAAAGCCAAAAUUAAAAGAAGUUCUGGUGAGAUUAGAAGAGCAUAUGGAAUGCACCUGUACAUCAUCAAAUACUAAUUCAGAUUAUAGAGAAGAAGAAACUGGCGAGACCGAGGCAUGGAGAAAUGACUGUGCAAGGUCACACAGCAAGGCUAUGGCAGAACCAGGGAUAGGACUCAGAUCUGAGUGCUCAUCCAGUGCCCUAAAUCACACGACCAUCUUCCCUUUCCAAGAAUGAAUCCUUGCACCCUUAGAGCUAAAUACUGAAAAGAUUGAGGGUGGUGCUGGUUUAAACUGAAGACCAGGGAAGUUUCAAGAGGCCAGAUUUUCUGCUAUGGGCCCUGUUCUGCUGGAGCCUGUUGCCCAGCUGUGCCUGCUGUGUGGGGCCAGAGAAGGAGGGAGAGAUGCCGCAGCCAUUCAGGGAAGCCAAGAUAUACCUCCUCGUGCUCAAACGGUCCUGCCUGAAGACGCAUCCUCCCUGGCCGCCACCAAGCACUGCAGUUUCCCCCUUUCCCCCUUGCCUUGAGGGCUGAUGUUUCCCUGAUGCCAACAUGUCCCUCAUGCAGAGGAGGAUCUCAUACUGUGGUUGAGGAGAUGUGGUAUCUGCUUGACAGCAAGAUUACCGUGCAGAGUGAGGGCUCUGCUCAGGCACUUGGGAGUGAAGACACUUCUUGCUCCAAACUCACUCACAGUAAAGUAAGCUGCUCAGAGGUCUCCUUGGAGCCAGGAAGCUGCUCAAAAACAUGUUCUGGAUUUGAAUUCCCCUUGACUGCAGUGGGUUUCCACAGCAAAAAUGACAGAAGCAAUUUAUCACAGAUAGAGUGGUUUCUUCAGCAGGCCAUGUACGAGUCCUGCAGGUUAAUGCUCAGCUUGUGUACUUUACUGAUUGCCAUAAAUGCUGCUUUUAAAUCAAAUAGUCACUAUGUAUUCAGGGAUAUCUGUUUCUCUUCCAUGUGCUUCAGAAGAGCUUGCCUAACAGCUUGUAUCCAUUUGUUGUGAAGAGCCUGCCCGCCGAUCCAGAAUGGUUAGGCUAUGUCUGCAUCUCUAAUGAGGGUUUGGGGACCUUGCAGCUGGUGUUAGCAAGUGCAAAUGUUUCCCAUUAGCUCCCUGCGUUCCCCUAAGUUGUGAUUCAGCAAGAGAGUCAGUGGAAAGCUGAACUUGAGGCAUGUGAGAUGUUUCUUUGAAGUUACUCGUGCUUAAAGUUAGGCGUGAUCUGAGUUGGCUUGCUAAGCUGAGGCCCUGAAGAGCCUACUGUGCUAUCACAGUGUAAGCUUAGUCUUUUCCUUUCAUGCAUUGCCUGGAGUGAUGCUAGUUUCAGAAGUGGUCUGCAGCCUUUCAGUAAACUAUUCCAUAGCAUUGAGGGAAAGCUUUAACUAUUCAGUGGCUUUCUACCAGCAAGCUCAGCUCUACUAGAAAGCCCAUAGCAACGCCUGCCCUCUCUGGGCUCUGAAGUCUCUUUCUUCCUUAUUUCUUCAGCAUGUUUCUUUUCUAAGGCAAGUGAAAAAAACCCAAUCUCAAAAUAGUACCUUAAAAAGGUGGGAAAUUAAGCAGAUCAUAUAAUCUUGAUUCCUUUAUCUCACUUAAUUAAGGAGAAGUUUGCCACUAGUGAUCUGGUAUUUCCUAAAACAAGCAUACAUGAAGAACUCUUUGAGCAACUUCAAAAGAGUUUUCAGGCUAGAUCAGGAAAAGAUAAAACCAGAAGUGGAAACUUCUAAUACACUUUAUAGCUCAUUACUUACAGGAAGUACAUUGUUGCAUAGGAUACUAAUGAAUUCUGCAGGAUGAGGUUUCCAAAUGGGAAAAAAAAAAAAAAAAGACACCUUCUGUAUCUUAGAGGGAAGGUCUCAGGGCUUUUGCAAUUAGGAUAGUUAUGCAGUGGAUGGGUACGGUCAUUUUACCAGGAAAGGUUCUACCUCUGGGAAAAGGCUUUUUAAACUUUAAAGUUUGAAUUUCUGUAGCAACUUCCUGGUCUAGCUGUGAAAAGUGAUAAAGCGAAUGGUGAAAGUCUAUCUUGUUUUCAGUUGCCCUACUCUGCACCCUAGGAGGCAGAAAUAGUGCAUUGCAUCUAGCUAGCUCCAGGCAGGACAGCAGGAACACAUUUGAAUGGCUAAGGAUGAACAUGGUGAAGUUGGUGCUGAUGAUCUCAAUCAGGUAGUGAGGCCAGCAAAGUGAGAACAGCAAAAUGGAUACUCAGAUUUACCAGUGACACUUACUUGGAAAAUUAGUAUUUGCCAGACUCUUAAUUAACUCAACUGAAGAAGUAAUCCUAAAAUCCUGCUUUUGGACAAGGGCCUGAAGCCCAAGCUGCUGGAUUUACUCUAAGUGAGUUGAUGCUCUCAGAAGUGUUGUGAAACAGGAAUAUUUCAUAUUUGUAAAGCACCCAGAGAUCCUACAGAUGACAAGAAACAGUUUUCUACUAUUUAAAGAGUUCCCUGGUGUGAGCAGCCCCCUCACUGGUGACUAGAGAGCUGAGGGGUUGUGCCCCAGACACAGCUGGUGUGUUCGAGUCCAGAUGUGCUGUCCCUGGGUCAGCACCAACCGGUGCUGGGUGCACCUCUGUCACGAGCAGGGCACUGCACACAUGCCGGUUACCUUGCUGUCCUCUGCCACGGGGGAUAUGUCUGUCCGCCAGCUCUCCUAUUUCACUCAGAUUGUAAAGAUAGUUUUGCUGUAUGUAUGAACAUAUUUUAGGCAGCAAGGCAUUUCCAUCAGGACUGAAGCACAUGGGUGGUGAAGCUUGAGUAUUUUUUUCUUCAGUACAGGCAAGAUAUUUAAAUGUUGGGUUAUUUGCUCUUUGUAUCUUUAGGCACCCAGAUACUUCUAAACUUGUGGUCGCUGGAAAGCUGUCUUAUUGAAAAGGAAGAGGUGUUUGCCCUUGUGAAAGUUUCUACUCAUGCUUGAAAGUGAGAUUUGGACUCCUAAGUCACAAAGAUGCUUUUGCAAAUGUAUCUGUCUUUCUGUUUCUUUAUAAAUCGACCUGCUUGGCCUGAACUGAAUGUUUAAAUAAUAAACAGCUGAAGGACAGUCCAAUUGCUUCUUUCUGAGUGUUUCCCUUAUGAAGCGCUUGGGGUCACAUGGCAUCUGUUCUGACCUGAAGGACCUGCUUUCUGGAGGCUUUUUUACGAUGCUAACAAACCCCACAUUUUAACUAGCCGUUAAAUAAGCCAGUCAGUGGUAACUAUUCAGGACAGGAUUAGAAGAGUAUUCUUACUGGGAUACAAGAUGGCUCUGUCCAUGUGCUGGCCAGGGAUGAAGGGCUGGAAAACUGUGUGGUGGAAGAGACUAUUAAUGUGAUUUUCCACGACUUUCCUUGCAGCUGCAUUUUUGAGGAGAGAGAGAGAGAUGGCUAGGCUUGCAGUAACAUGUUGUGCCGUCAUAAAUGCUACAGCCACCAUCUGUUUCCAGCCCACGACUUGAAAGAAAACUGAGCAGUAAUCUUAUAAUUCACAUGAGCAUUUUACACUUGUGAACCCUUCCCAACCUUUGUCUAAUAAUGAGGGGAGUGCAUGGUGCUAAGGUUUGUAUUUUUCCUGCACGUAUUAGUGUUUAUUUGUAUGUCUCUCUCUGUUUUGUUGUCUUGGGUUUUGUUUUUUUCCACGGGCCCAUAAAAAAAUUUCUCUGGGAGGAAAAUCAUAUCAGUUCCAGGUCAAAAGAAACAUAAUAGAGGCGAAAUCCCAAUUCCAUUGACCUUGCUGGCAAAAUUCUCCAGGAGGAGGUGCAUUUAACAUUCCUGGCUGUGUCUGCUGCAGUUACUUGUUGAAAAGACAGACAGACAUUAGAAAGUGAAGAGGCAGGUUGCUGAACUGCCCUUUCCCUGCAGAAACAGAGCUGCUAGAAUAGCUGGACAUGCGCAUUUGAGACCCGCACCAUCAGAUAGGAUGGUAAUGGUAGGUUGGAUUUUAAUGAAAACAAAUUCUUCUGCUAAUCUUCGCUUCGGGCUGGCCCUCCACGGGAUUAAGGAUACCACCUGCUGUGCCAAAGACAUGCUCAGGUUGGGGCUGCUGGUGGGUGGGAAGAACACAACCAUCUGAGAGUGACGCUGGAGAGAUCGAAGUCUGCCCUGUUGCAAUGCCCUCAGGGAAGCCAAAGAGUUGAGAUCAUUUAGUUGAUGAAAAUACUGCUCCCCUCCAGCCUGCAAAGCAAGGCUGACAUCAUUAAGGAUUUCUUUGUGACUGUUCUGCAAAACCAAGGGCUGCUCUUUCUCUGGGCCUCCUCUCGUCUUUGGACCCAAUUUGCACACCUCCUCCUAGCACGGCCAAACUGCCUGAAUGAACUCCUGCUGUCCUCUGGCCUUAGAAACAAUGACUUUCAUCAUCUCAACCAGACUGCAGAGCAGUUUAAGGAUGAAAGGGCUUCUCAUUUCCUAUAUCCCUCUGCUGCUAGAACUAUAAAUCCUUGACGGACUGAGUUUAUAGCAAACGGCUACUGCAAGCAAGUGAAAUUUAUUUUGUGUUGUCAUAUGUAUGAUCAAACUGUCCAAGAAGUUGCCAAACGAAGAACUGAGCUGCUGAUGGGCAACCAAUUCUAUCACUUCUCAUUUUAUUUAAAAAAUAAUAAAUAACUAUCAAUCAAAGGAACUUAUUUUGACAUGUGCUACCUGUCGGGUGAUCCUCAGUAUCUCCAAGAUGUGUCUGUAAGUGGAAGAAAGCUGCCAGCUGUUGCCAGGUCCAGCAGACAUGACCUGAAGUUCCACCAGGAAAAGGUUUGUGGGCUCACUAGGGUUGGGGACAGGUUAAAGGAAAAUUCCCUUUUUUAGCACUACUUGUUGUUCUGGAUGUGUUUGUUCAGGUAGCAAGGGUGCACAGAGACCACAUCCAGCUGCGUUGAACUCUGCUUGAAUCAAUGGCAAAGCCUCACUGACCUGUAUACGGCAGUGGUCUGUUUUCUGUCUUGCAGUUUGAUCAAGGACGGAUUGUUGGUGGAUCUCUGGGAUCUCAAAAACUGGCCCGUGUCUAUUUUGGUGCCUUGUGAUGGUAGAUGAACUAAAAAGGAGAUAGUAGAAAUGCUUCAAGCUGAUGAGGUCUGAAUCACAUAUAUUUCUGUAUAAUUUUCUUACAGAGCGAAUAAGCCUGGAAAGUUACCGUAUUUUUAUUUUUUAUCUAAUUAAUUAUAUCUGGGAGUGUUGGGAGCUGUCAUAUUAAACAGCCUUUCCCCACUUCCUCCUGUCAUCCUGCCGGAUUCGAUCCCUGCAGCCUCCCACCCCCUCGGCUGUAGUUUGAGGCCACAUCUGGAGCGUCUGCCCUGCACACGUGCUGUAGGAGCCUUCUCCCCGCUCCCCCCGCUGGCACACACGCCGUGGCUUUGGUGUCCGUGGAGUUAUAAGCAUCUUUCCUGACGGCUGUUGUUGCGUGAGAGUGAAAGAGAGAGGGCACGGGAAGGGCAAUGGCAGGGAAGGCUUCUGACACAAAAUUCCCAGGAACAGGAUUUGCACAUUUUAUGACUGUUCAGAUGGAAAUGCAACAGAGCUGAAUUAUUACUCCUUAAUCCUGCUUUCUCACUUUCCUCCCGGCAGCCUCCUCCCCUCCAGCUUAGGUAAUACAGAAGCUUAUAAACAAAUCCCACCGCAUGAAAAAUAGCAAAGGGGGGAAAAGAAAAAAAAAAGACCUGGGUUAGGGCUGUGAUGGAUAGACAGGUGGAAGGCAGGCACCAGAAGGGAGGAUGAAUGGUAGAAGCCUUUGAUGGAAACACUAAAGAGCUAUUGAAAAUCCAAGGGGUGGGGGGAGGGAGGAGAAAGAAUAGCAGGAGGAGGGAAAGCAGGGGAGCUGUGCCCCCCUUCCCCCUCCCUCUUUCUCAGGAUGUUGAAAGUAUUUGUCCUCCGUUACAAAAUGAUUGAACUGCCGCCAGGCCAGGCCACCCUUCCAGCCAUUGCACUGGGAAACUGGCACUUCUGAAAGCCUCGUCGCCUCUCAAAUUUUAUAGCUUUCCCAUUUUGUGGGAGUUUUUGUGUUGUGCUACUUGCAGGAUUGUUUUCAGAUUUGCCACGUAUCAAAGAAACUAUGUUUUGUUGCUCUGACAAACACAGA